AAGCUUUCCAGAGGCUCGGAGCUGGCUGCUCGUUUGUGUUGCCUUACCUCAUCGCAAAUGAUCCCCAAAAAUCAAAUGUCCUUUGAAGCUAGGAGAGCUCCGGUGGGGUCAAGACAGAUACUUUCCCUUCUUUUGAGUCUUCAAUGAGGGACGGACGGCGCAUGCCGAGCUCUCCGGACGCACGACCCGACGCCGUCGACUGAAGGCUUCGGAUUGAGCUCUGAAGAUGGAAACGCGACACAACAAGACCCAUCUACCCCUGGCGUUAGCGCCCGGUGCACGGUAACGACGGUGUCUUGUGAUUUCUGCGGCCCGUAUCCUUCUUUUCAUUUCCGUACUUGUUUAAGGAUGGGGAAUUAUAAAGAAUCGUACGACCUUUGCUUGACUCCCCCCUCCCUCCCCACGAUCUCCAUAAACCUUGCAUCUCUUCAAGUGGGAACUGGGAGGGCCUGCUCCAAAGAAAGGACCCCUGGUAGACAUCGAAACGUGAAAUCUACGAGUCAACAUGGCACCCGUGGUUGAGAACCGCGGACCCGAGCUCCUGGCCGUCAACAUCUUCUUCGUCUCAGCGGCGGUGUUGGCCACUGCAUUGCGAUGCUACGUCCGGGCUGGCCUGGUCAAGGCUUUUGGAACGGAUGACUGGCUCAUGGUCUUGGCUCUGGCCUUCUUCAUAUGCUACUCAACCUUCUCGAUACUAGGUGUUCACUAUGGCACCGGAAGGCAUUUCGCGGAUAUCGAAGAUGACCAUAUCACCAAAGCGCUCGAGUGCUGGUGGUUCUGCUACCUCUUUUACUCCCUCAGCAUGAUCGUCUCGAAAAUGUCCAUCGGAUUCUUUCUCUUGCGAAUUACCACCCGAAGACUACACAGCUGGAUCAUUUACAUGGCUAUGAUGUUCACUGUCCUAGCCGGAGUCGUUUUCUUCUUCGUGACGCUGUUUCAGUGCCACCCGAUCUCGUUCUUCUGGAACAAGAGUCAGCCAGGAAGCUGCAUCGAUGUCAACAUUGUUAUUGCAUUGGCAUACUUGUACAGUGCCUUCAGUGUCAUAUCGGACUUGACAUUCGCCAUUCUCCCAGCCUUUUUGGUUUGGAACCUCCAACUGCGAAAGAAGACGAAGUUUGCUUUGAUCCCGUUAUUGAUCAUGGGUUGCGUUGCCAGCUCAGCUGUCUUGGUUCGCUUUGGAUAUCUCAUGGGCCUCAAGGACGCCGAUUUCCUCUGGUCUACCCUCGACAUCGCUAUCUGGUCAUCCGUGGAACAAGGCCUAGCAAUCACCGCCGGCAGCCUCGCAACACUUCGACCCCUUCUCAAAGCCAUCGGCUACAAGUUAGGCAUGACCUCAAACCCAUCCCCGCACCGCGUUACCGAUGACGCUACUCGCCGACCAUCGGCCUUCGCAGCCACAACCUUUGCUAAGUCCAGCAACGGUCCGCCGCAGUCCGGGCACGAAGAUCUCUAUAGCAUGUCGUACUUUCCUUGUAAAUGCUGCGGCACCUUCAAGUGUCAAAAGAGGCAGAGUGAGGCGACUUCUGGAAAGAGGAGAUCGAGCAUGGGCUUCUCGGCGAGAGCAGGUAAAGGUGACGUUGAGGCCUUGUCGCACAUCAAGAGUGUCAGUGAGAAUGGGAGUGAGGAAGAGUUGACUUACGGAGGAAGGUCGACAAGGGAGGCUUCUCAUGACAAUGAGAGAGUGGUCCCGAAGAGCUUCCUCAUUGUCGACGAGCAAAAGGACUCGUGAAUUUGAUAUACCCGAUAUUGCGGCCACAAAUCUUAGUAAAAG